AAGGCACAUCAGAUGAUGCAGAGCUUCACAGCAAUCAGGCAGCAGAAUGCCUUGAAAAUUGCACAGAUGGCCCGGCAAGCGCUUAUUCGAAGCAAACCGACGAAACAACAGCUUGCGAAAGAUUUGACAGCGCGGACAAAGCGAGCAGCAAGAGAAAUGUUGUCUUUCUGGAAGCGGAACGAAAAGGAAGAGCGUGAGCUCCGGAAGAAGGCUGAAAAGGAGAAGAUGGAAUCCCGAAAGCGAGAGGAGGAGAUGAGGGAAGCCCAACGGCAGGCCAGGAAACUGAACUUCCUGAUCACUCAGACGGAGCUGUACAGCCAUUUCGUUGGAAAGAAGCUAGGGGUUGCGGAUGACGACGCAUCUGCUGACGCGAAAAUACCGGAACCUGCCGCCCAAGCAGAGCCAUUCCGUGAUAUCGAUUUCGAUACCGAAGAUGAUGAGCAACUGAAAGCUCGAGCGGCUGUGCAAGCUCAAGCUGCGUUGGCGAAGCAGCAAGAAGCAGCACGGCAGUUCGACACGAAAACCAACAGCAAUAUACAGCUGACGGAGACGACUGUUGAUCAAAUGAAUUUCUUGAAUCCUACGAGCUUCAAAUCGGGACCGGAGGUGGAGCAGCCAAGCAUGCUUACGGUGACUCUGAAGAGCUACCAAGCAAAGGGGUUGAACUGGCUGGCUGGAUUGUGGGAACAAGGAAUCAACGGGAUCUUAGCUGAUGAAAUGGGUCUUGGCAAAACCAUCCAAUCCAUCUCGUUGAUGGCACAUCUUGCGGAAACGCAUAACCUAUGGGGUCCAUUUCUUGUAGUCUCGCCAGCAUCAACGCUCCCGAAUUGGCAGCAAGAAAUUGCUCGCUUUACUCCACAACUCAAGGUCCUACCCUAUUGGGGAGAUGCAGACGAUCGGAAAACACUUCGAAAGCUGCUGAACCCGAAGAAACUUGGACUAGUGGACUCCCCAUUCCAUGUUGCCGUCACCUCGUAUCAGCUAAUCGUCUCCGACUACCAGUAUUUCGGUCGCAUCAAAUGGCAAUAUAUGAUUCUCGACGAAGCGCAAGCUAUCAAGUCAUCCUCAUCGCAACGCUGGAAAACUCUUCUGAAACUGCCCACCCGAAACAGACUUUUACUCACUGGGACACCAAUCCAGAACUCUAUGCAGGAACUAUGGUCGUUGCUGCAUUUCAUCAUGCCGACAUUGUUUGACUCCCAUGAGGAGUUCAAUGAGUGGUUCAGUAAAGAUAUCGAAAGUCACGUCGAAUCUGGAGGAGAGGGCAAGGGGCUCAACGAGGAACAAUUGCGCCGUCUGCAUAUGAUCCUCAAGCCUUUCAUGCUACGUCGAGUCAAGCGCGACGUGGAGAAUGAACUAGCAGAGAAAAUCGAGAUUGAGCUCCCGUGCACUCUGACGUGGCGCCAACGCGAGCUAUAUCGUCGCUUGAAGAGUAAGAUCAGUGUCCGCGAGCUUCUGGACGGCCUUGGUUCAUCUUCUUCGGUGAACACCAACACGGCGAACGGGAACGCUGACAUUUGGGGAGACGACGAUGGUGGCGACACGCUCAUGAACCUUGUCAUGCAGUUCCGGAAAGUGUGCAAUCAUCCGGAGCUGUUUGAGAGGAGCACGAUCAAGGGGCCGUUCUAUGCCCUACCAGUUGAGCUGAUGGACGCUUACGGAGGCGCACGAACCAGCUUGGCGGAUGCUGGGUGGUCUAUGAUUCGCUAUCGCGUACCGACGCUCAUCUGGAAUACUGCAUGGAAUGUUUCGCGGAUCCGUUGGCACGGAGUAAAGAUCCUUUCCAAUCCUGCUAACGUUUCGGAAGAUCUAUAUGCUUCAUUGCGGCGAAGUCGUUCGCAGCCUGCCGACGCCAAGAGUAGAACGACUUCCACAUUUGACUUCCUGGCGUUGUGUGACACUUCGCCUUCGGAGUUUGCUUUCCUGUCCGACGCUGAUCUCCUCGAACGUUGGGUGCAUCAUCUUCUCACACGUGAAGCCCUAUGGAGAUUGCAAGAGUAUUUUGCUCGUAACGACCUGGAGACUCCCGCGAGACAUACUCUUUCCCUGUCGCGGCGGCCACUACAAGUCUAUAUUCCCGGUUUACCUGACAUCUGGUCGUUUACUACCGAGGAGGAGCCACAUCACAUUCUGAGUCGACUAGAAGUAGCAAGCACCGAAUCCGCUGUAGCUUCUCCGGUGGAAGCGGUUUGCUCUUCGCGUUCUUUCUUGACGGAGCAACAGUGGCUGCGAUACAAUACAUGUGUCCGCGCCCUUCUCUAUCACCAAGCCAUAUAUCUGCUCUCUGUAUCUCGGACCGAUCGCCGUGCAUACGACUAUAUCACGUCCCACACUCCAGAUACCCUUCCGGUUGAGGCUGGGUUGCUAGGCAAACCGACGCGACCUGGCGUUGGCUGGGGUUUCCUGACGGUGCCAAGCGUGGAGCGUCUGGUCGUCGAUUCUGGCAAGAUGUUGGUCUUGGACAAGUUGCUUGCUACCCUGAAGGCUGGAGGCCACCGCGUUUUGAUAUUCUUCCAAAUGACAUUGAUGAUGGAUCUCAUGGAGGAGUAUCUUGCUAGCCGUCAAUACGGUUACCUUCGCUUAGACGGCUCAACCAGCAUCUUGGAUAGACGAGAUCUCGUUACCGACUGGCAGACGCGACCGGAAAUAUUCGUAUUCAUACUGUCAACACGCGCCGGGGGUUUGGGCAUCAAUCUCACAGCAGCGGAUACUGUCAUCUUCUACGAUAGCGACUGGAAUCCAACUGUCGAUCAACAGGCCAUGGAUCGUUCUCACCGCCUUGGACAAACAAAGCAAGUAACGGUGUAUCGCCUGAUUACCACCGGCACGAUUGAAGAACGCAUCGUCCAGCGGGCUCGGCAAAAGGAUCAAAUCCAGAAGGUCGUCAUCAGUGGCGGUGAAUUCAAGCAGCAGGUUGAAUUCAAGCCGAAGGAGGUUCUGAGUCUACUCCUCGAUGAUGAAGAGAUGGCUGAAAAAGUGCGGAAAGAGUCUGCGCUUCGCCGUGCAGAAGAAGAACAGAAGCAGAAAGUGAAAGCAGCGAAAGCCGCCGCGACCAAGGCGCGAAAAAACGUUGGCGGGGCGAGGAGUAAACAAGGCACGCCGCGCGCCAGCGGGUCUCCUGCGCCGUCCGUGGGUGGCCCAUCUCGAAAGACGACGAUUACAGCACGGUCCUCCUUGUCAACGACAUCUGGACUUCCUGGAACACCGCUCAGCAACACGGACUCUCCUUCUGUCGCAGCUCCGACAAGUGGUUCGGCUGCUGGCAUGGGGGCUGGACCAUCACAGUAGCGAAAUGGACAGAAAGCUGACGGGAUCUCCGCGAUCCACACACCACCCGCCUUGUACAUGUACAUCUCCUUCUUGGCAUCUAUACCAGCCGAUUUCUCGGCAUUUUUGGAUCACUAAUUUGCAUGCCUGCCGGGUUACAUUGAAUAUAUUCACAUUUUGGCAAAAGCGUAGUUGUUAUGUACAAUCCCCAUGUGCGAUCACUUGUUCUGUUUGUCGACACGGUGGAGCAGACAAGAUAGUUCAUGCACACAUCUGCUGCCCGGAGCGCUUGUCGCUGUCGCUGUCGCCGGCCUGGCUCGCUCGUGACUACUUUCUGGCACUUUGCCGCUCACGCGGUGAAGGACCUAA